UGCCUUCGUUGCUCUCUCCCCUGUGUCUCCCUCUCUUCGAGCAAAUCGGCGAGUCCUUCUCUUCUCAAUUUAAUAUUCAGAUCGAUCGGAGUCCUGCUCUCUCUAAUGGCGGCCGCCUCCUUUGCUCGCCCCUCCUCUCUCAGCUUUAGCUCCCGAGACGGCAUCAAAACGCCCAGAAAACCCAAAUUUUUCGGGCCCAUUCGCGCUUCUUCAUCUCCUCCUCCUCCUCCGAUCGCGCUCCGAUUCGAUCCCAAAAAGGUUGAAUGCUUACUGGAUAGUGUAAAAUGGGACGAGAAAGGAUUAGCUGUGGCUAUUGCUCAGAAUGUGGACACUGGAGCUAUUUUGAUGCAAGGAUUUGCAAACAGGGAUGCCCUUGCUGCCACGAUUUCAUCUCAGAAGGCAACUUUUUAUAGUCGUUCACGAUCAUCAUUGUGGACAAAAGGGGAGACUUCAAUGAACUUUAUAAAUGUCAAAGACAUUUUUCUCGACUGUGAUCGUGAUUCGAUAAUAUAUCUUGGGAAACCUGAUGGGCCCACAUGCCACACUGGGGCAGAAACGUGUUACUAUUCAUCUGUUGCUGAUCUCUUGGAAGAGCCACAGACCAAAAAGGAGCGGCUGGCAUCCACAACUCUGUAUUCACUAGAGUCUACAAUUUUCCAACGUAAAGCUGAAAUCGAGACAACACAAAAUGGAAAGCCAUCAUGGACCAAGAAGUUAUUGUCUAAUGAAGAACUGCUUUGUUCGAAAGUACUAGAAGAGGCAGGAGAGCUCGUCCAGACGCUAAAAGAAAAUGAGGAUAAAUCUCGUGCUGCUUCAGAGAUGGGAGAUUUGCUCUACCACUGCUUGGUGCUCCUCGGUCUCAAGGAUGUGAAGGUAGAAGAAGUCCUCGAAAUCCUUAGAAAGAGAUUUUCACAGUCUGGCAUCGAAGAAAAGAGGAGCCGACUAACCAAAAACCACUUGAUACUUAUGCCCACAUAUGAAUAUACACUCUUAAAAGAAGAGGCAGGAGAGCUCGUCCAGACGCUAAAAGAAAAUGAGGAUAAAUCUCGUGCUGCUUCAGAGAUGGGAGAUUUGCUCUACCACUGCUUGGUGCUCCUCGGUCUCAAGGAUGUGAAGGAAAUUCUUCAAGGGGCUUGUUUUGAGUAG